AACGAGGCAUAAAUUUUAACCCAGAACCUCAUCCACAACCUGCUCCUGGGACCAGCGGGGUUUCACUGAAGAGUGACGUUCCACUAGAAGGAUUGACGGAUGAACCUGUUCCACAAGAGAAGCAGCAGGGUCUUAAAUUGUCAUUCAGGGAAUUGUUCUGACGUUUGUGGGCGUAAACUGAAGUCUAACCUGCAGCAGAAGUUUACGUGUGUGUUUGAGGGCAUCGCUCAUGCAGGAAACUCCCACACUUCUGAAUGAGUUCUACACAGAGCUCUACAUCACAGAGGGAGAGUCUUCAGAGGUCAACCAGGAACAUGAGGUCAGACACAUGGAAACAGCCUCCAUAACACCAGGUCCCAGCAGAGAAAACCAUCACAUGUGAAGACAUGUUUAAAGGUCCCAGCUCACACACAUGGAGCCAUCAGAACAGUGCUGACAAAGGGAGUGGCUGGCAUCGGGAAAACAGUGCUCACUCAGAAGUUCAGUCUGGACUGGGCUGAAGGCAAAGCCAACCAGGACAUUGACCUGGUGUUCCCGUUCACUUUCAGAGCACUCAAUGUGCUGAAGGAGAGAAGCUUCAGCUUGGUGACACUUAUUCGUCACUUCUUUAGUCAAACACAAGCAGAAACCUGCAGCUAUGAAGACCUCCAGGUGCUCUUCAUCUUUGACGGUCUGGACGAGUGCAGACUUCCUCUGGACUUCACCGAAACCAAGGCCCUGACCGACCCCACAGAGUCCGCCUCAGUGCACGUGCUGCUGGUGAACCUCAUCAGGGGGAGCCUGCUUCCCUCCGCUCGCCUCUGGAUAACCACACGACCCGCAGCGGCCAAUCAGAUCCCUGCUGAGUGCGUCUCCAUGGUGACAGAGGUCAGAGGGUUCACCGACCCACAGAAGGAACAGUACUUCAGGAAGAGGUUCAGAGACGAGGCCGACACAAUCAUCUCCCACAUCAAGACGUCCAGAAGCCUCCACAUCAUGUGCUACAUGCCGAUCUUCUGCUGGAUCUCUGCCACAGUCCUGGAGCAUCUGUUGAAAAGCAGAGGAGAGCUGCCCAAGACCCUGACUCAGAUGUACAUCCACUUCCUGGUGGUUCAGGCCAAAGUCAAGAACAUCAAGUAUGAAGAAGGAUCUGAGACAGACCCACACUGGAGUCCAAAGACCAGGAAGAUGGUGGAGUCUCUGGGAAAACUGGCCUUUGAGCAGCUGCAGAAAGGAAACCUGAUCUUCUACGAGAGUGACCUGAGUGAGUGUGGGCUGGACGCUGCAGCGGCCUCAGUGUACUCUGGAGUGUUCACACAGAUCUUUAGAGAGGAGCCAGGACUGUACCAGGACAAGGUCUACUGCUUCAUCCAUCUGAGUGUGCAGGAGUUUCUGGCUGCUCUUCAUGUCCAUCAGACCUUCAUCAACACUGGGAUCAACCUGCUGUCAGAGAAAACACGGAAGUUUACAAAGUCCAGUUUUGAAAGAAAACUAAAUCGUCUUUACCAAACAGCUGUGGACCAGGCCGUACAAAGUCCAAAUGGACACCUGGACCUGCUGCUUCGCUUUCUCCUGGGUCUUUCACUGUCGACCAAUCAGCACCUUCUGCAAGGUCUGCUGACAGAGACAGGAAGUAGCUCUCAGACCAAUCAGAAAACAGCUGAGUACAUCAAGAAGAAGCUGAGUGAGGAUGUGUCUGCAGAGAGGAGCAUCAACCUGCUCCACUGUCUGAAUGAACUGAAUGAGUGUUAAAUUAUGUGACUGGAGUGUGUUGGUGCUGGGAGGUUGGCACCAGGGCUCAGAAAGUAUUUCUGUGAUCUCACUCUGGAUCCAAACACAGCGAACAGAAAACUCAAACUGUCUGACAACAACAAGAAGAUGACACGUGUGAAAGAGCAGCGGCCGUAUCCAGAUCAUCAGGACAGAUUUGAGACUGGUCGCUGUUGCUGGGAGGUCGACUGGAGUGGAGGAGUUUCUAUUUCGGUGUCUUACAGAAGAGUCAAAAGGAAAGGAGACAGUGUCAGUUUGUUUGGACACAGUGGUCAGUCCUGGAGCUUGAACACUUCUAAAGACGGUUCCUCUGUUUGACAUAAUAACAAACGAGUCUCUCAUCCCUGGUCCUCUUCUUGUGGGAGAGUAGCAGUGUUUGUGGACUGUCCUGCUGGUUCUCUGUGCUUCUACACAGUCUCCUCUGACCAACUGACCCACCUCCACACCUUCAACACCACAUUCACCCAGCCUCUGUUCUCUGGAUUUGUGUUCUGGUCUUAUGGUUCCUCAGUGUCUCUGUGUGCUCCAACAGACUCAGCCUCCUCUAUGUAAAAUAGAAUAGUCAAAUAUAAAAUACAAACAUAUUUUGUAAAUGUUGAUUUUAUUUGUAUUAUACAUCUUAUAAUUAUUAUUUUUUUGAUAGGAACAGACUCUUCUCAAAGACAAACUGCAGCCAUGAGCCUCACACUAGUGUCUGUAUUGAACAAAUCACUGUGUCCCAAUACGAACUUUACAAAAUCAAACAUAUGGAACCACAUGCAGUGAGUGUACAGUCUGUAUGGUACGUUGUGACCACAGCGGCUUGUCAAAGUCUGAUCCCGUCAGAACUCAGACGCUCAGCAGGACAGGGCCUGGUUAGUACUUGGCUGGGAGAUUGUUAAAUACCUGGGUGUCCUUAAUUGACUCCGUGACCCACUUUUGGGGUGUGGGUGUGGUUACGCGCUGGUGUACAAUCUCAAUAAACGGCAGCAGCUCACUUCCACUGAGUGAGUGUGUGCAGGCCAAACUAA